GAUGAGCAUGAGACACACCCUCACUGACACUUGUAUGGGAUAAUGAGCUACUAUGACAAAGGAAAAGAGCCUGAAGGACCAGGAAAAUUUGUUGCUUUUGAUCAUGUGACUUUUUGGGUUGGAAAUGCUAAGCAGGCUGCAUCUUAUUAUUGUGUAAGACUUGGUUUUGAGCCGUUUGCUUACAGAGGCCUUGAGACAGGAGAGAGGAACGUAGCUUCACACGCAAUCAGACAGAAUAAAGUUAUAUUUGUGUUCCAGUCCCCAUACAAUCCAGUGGAGACUGAAAUUGGUCGUCAUCAGAUGAUAAGAGGAGAUGGAGUGAAGGACAUUGCCUUCUCUGUUGAAGACUGCAGGGCUCUCUUUAAGGUUAGGGGAAUAAAAUGAGUAUGUAUUUGAUAAGAGAGCAAG